AAACCGUAGUAAACCGCGGAUUGAUCCGUUAAAACCCCAUCCGGAUCGAAGCACUAACUGGAAUGUAUAGUAUCUAAGUAUCCAACGAUCUAUGAUCUACAGUAUAAAGUUAAUUUAAAAAAAAAUGAUAUUGUUUUGCUACACACCUAGAGAUGGGUUGAGCGACUUGAGUCGGUUCGUUCCAUUCGGUUUGGUACAUCAGGUUCCAACUUCCAAAUCGGGUUUGAUAAAUUUUGAUAUGUACUGACUCGGAUCUGGACCGAAGUGACAGAAACCGAUUAUGGAACCGAACCUCCUACGCCGGGCAGUGGAAGAGUGUGAUGGUUGUGAUGGUUGUGAUGGUUGUGAUGGUUGUGAUGAUUGUGGUGGAUGUGGUGGUGGUGGUGGUGGUGGUUGUGGUAGUAGUGGUUGUGGUGGUUGUGGUGGUUAUGGUGGUUGUGAUGGAUGUGGUGGAUGUGGUGGUGGUGGUGGUGGUGGUGCUCCUAUACUGAGCCGAGCGAGUCUAAAUAAUCCCAUAAUUUGAAUGCUGGCAAAAAAAAAACCUGUCAAAUAUAGUUAAACCACGUACUUCACGUACUUUUAAUUUGUACCGUCUCCAUUUAACAAAACUCUCAAGUAC